CUCUUUUGUAUUUGCGUUGACAGCCACAAUUUCCAGCGCCUCAGAAAUCUCCGCCGUUGAAGUGCAGUAGAGUAGACACUCUCUCACUCACUCCCUCAACUGAGAAGAAAUGGCUGCAUUUUUCUGUUUUCCUCCAUCUCUCUCAUCUCUUUCUACAAAUACAAUUCCCAAAUUAUCCGCUGCAUCAUCCUUCUCAAACACCAGAUGCUUUUUUCCACACAAAGCCCCUUGCCUCUCCCAUUUUGUUGCUAGGGCUUAUAAUUGGGGCGAUUCCGAAUAUAAUGAUGAUGAUGAUGGCAAGUAUACAAAAGAAGAUUAUGACAGCAUUGAGAUUGAAAUAGUGAAGACUGGCACCAACAGCCGGAGAAUUAGAUCAAAAGUAAGGAUCCAAGCCAGCCUAGAAGCAGUUUGGGAUAUCUUGACUGAUUAUGAAGGCUUAGCAGACUUCAUUCCUGGCCUAGCAGUCAGCAAGUUGCUUGAGAAGACAGAUAAUUUUGUUCGCCUUUUUCAGAUUGGUCAGCAGAAUUUAGCUUUUGGGCUCAAAUUCGAUGCAAAAGGAACUAUUGACUGUGUUGAGAAGGAUCUUGAAAUUCUUCCAUUUGGGCAGAGGCGUGAUAUUGAGUUCGAGAUGGUUGAGGGUGAUUUCCAGCUCUUUGAAGGAAAAUGGUCUGUUGAACAGGUGAAGUCUAGUGCUGGAGAUAUGCAAAGUGAUUCUGUUUAUGACGUGGAAUACCAAACGACGCUUGUAUACGUUGUUAAUGUGAAACCUAAGGUGUGGUUGCCUGUGCGCCUUGUAGAGGGUAGACUCUGCACGGAGAUAAGAACAAACCUGUCAUGCAUACGUGAAGAAGCCGAGAAAGCAUUUCAGAGUGCAGAUUCUGUUACUAUAGAAGAUUGAUAUUUCUGGUGUUUCAAUCCGGAAUCAAUGAAUUGAGAAAUUGAUGAUGCCUCAGCCAUCAAGUUCUGUCUCCAAAUAGCUCCAACAUCAGCUGCAGAGUUGGGUCAUUGCAAAGAAUAAGGGCAUGCAGUCGUUGUCUCGUUUUGCUUCGACUAGUAAGGGUUUCGAAGGAAGGAGCUCACUAGUACAUAAGAAGAAUGCAUUCCUGAACUCUCUGGACCAAUUUGACUGUGUUAGAAAUUCCUUGAUAGUCAGUGUUGCCUAUUACAUCCUCUCACAUUUAUACUUUUGUCAAUCUUUGGUUUCCGUCAUCUACAUUGAGAUCUACUAUGUUAGAAUAUGAAAUUUCAUUUAUUUACUGAAGUAGUUGUGAAUUCAUAUACUACUAUUUGUGUGUGUAAACUAGCAGGAAUAAUAUACAUAAAUGGAAAAUAAGUUGUCCAGGCUUUGUGGCGACUUCAACUUUA